AUGUCUAACUACUCAAAGCAAAGACAGGCCAAUCUUGAGAACUUCAGUACUGACAAAGUCCUUCAUUAUGAGUCUGACUCAUUGAAAGCCAUACUUACUGGAUGUUCAAAGUGCGUUCUUCAGCAUGAUUUGCCUGACAGAAAAGCUGUAUUUGAGGCCGAACAACUUGGAAACUACACACUUCCAGAUUAUGGUCUUACCGACUACCUUCCUGAUGCAGAGGCUGCUGACAACCUAGUUUCACCCGUUUUCCUCCAAGACAAUUUGAAAAUGAUGGACUUUGCUUGUGGAACGGGCCUUAUGGUACAGAAAUUGGCUCCCUAUUUCAAAGGUGCCAAUCCUACCGUUAUUGGAAUUGACAUAUCUGCAGCUCAGAUAGAUGCCUUCCAAAGCAAGCUCCAGACUAUUUAUCGAGUCAACCCUUCGUUGAACGUACAAGCAUAUCAGUAUGAUAUCAUUGACGAGCAGUUCGAUAGGGAUAACUCGCUCAACAGGCCCGACGAACUAGUAGAAGACUCCUUCGAUAUCAUCACUACCACCCUUUCCUUCCAUCAUUUCUCGGAGUUGAAAAGAAUAGUCGGUCAACUACUGAAGUACUUGAAAAAAAACGGCAAGUUGAUUAUUGUCGAUAUGUACGAUCAUAAGGACCAGUAUAUACAAGAAAAUGUUGACUCAGACUCUCCUGUUGCCUACCAUGGAGGUCUUUCUCCCUCUCAAAUCAAACAGAAGCUAGAUUCUUUCCACUUCUCACGGUUAGAGGCCAGCGUUAAAUACAACUACGAACAUUGGUGUGGUGUCGCCAAUUUGGAGAACCAUUUACCUAAACCUACGGUAGAAAGAGCUCUUAGGGAGGCUCCUAAAAGACUCAGAGACGGGAAAAUGGAGUAUUUGGUCCCCAGAGAAUUGGUCUUGGCUAUCUGCACCAAGUAA